GCUCAUCUGCUGUGGCCUUCAACGUCGCCGCUCAUCAACAUCUGCACGUAAUGUCUGAAUGUAAAAAAAACUGCACUUUGUUAUUACAGUGACCAUUGUGUUGCUUACUGCCUGACACCCUGGUAAUUGCUAAAAUAAUAGAGAACAGUGAUAAAAAUGUUUUUGGUGGUACUGGGAGCCUUGUUAGGCCUCGUCGCCUCAUAUGUCGCUUACGUCUGCUGGUGUCAAACUUAUUGGAUGCGGAAAGGAGUAUUUGCGCUGCGUUCGACUUUCCUGCUGGGGAGCCUUGGGCCUGCCAUUCUGAAGAAGACAACCUUAAGCGACAAUAUUAUUGAUCUAUACAAGGAAGCCAAGGCAAAAAAUUUGAAGUGCGCCGGGAUGUACCUUACAGCAGUACCAGUAUAUUAUAUUGUUGAUGUUGAUCUGGUUAAGGAGGUGACGGUCAAGCAGUUUGAUCAUUUCACAGACAGGCAGCCAUUUACGCGCAGAAGUGUUGAUGAACUCUUUGGCCGUUCGCUGCUGAGUCUCAAAGGCAAUGAUUGGCGAAAAAUGCGCCACAAUUUGAGCCCAUCUUUCACUGGCAGUAAGUUGCGAGGAAUGACCGACUUGAUGGUCCAGAUUGGGAUACAAUAUGCAAAAUUUAUAACAAGCAGGCCUAAUUACGAUGAGUCUCUUGACAUGAAGAUCAUAUUUCGAAGAUUUGCCUUGGAUGUGAUAGCAACAACUGCCUUUGGAACAGCAACAAACACCUUAGAAAAUCCAAAAUCUGAAUUUUACAACAAGAGUAGCAGCAUUUUGGACUUCACCGGGAAGCGCAAAUUCAUAGCAAUUGGUUACACCAUAGCUCCGAAGCUGAUGGAGAUCCUGAGGAUUCCCUUUGUGCCCAAAGACGUGAAAAAUUUUUUCACGUCAGUCAUUGUAAAUAAUAUAAAAUUCAGAGAGCAGAACAAUAAAUCUCGUCCAGACAUGAUUCAACUCUUGAUCGACGAGAGAAACGCACAAAUUCAGAAAUUCAAGGAAGCUAACCAACCAGUCGACGAAGCUAGCAUUAUGAGUGACUUAGAUAUUGUGGCGCAAGCGUUCACUUUCUUCUUGGCUGGAUUUGAAACUGUAUCAAAUCUGACCACUCUCGUCUGCAUGGUUUUGGGAGGAGAGAAAGAUGUGCAAGAAAAACUGAGGGAAGAAGUUGAUGACGCUUUCGCAAAAUCUGGGAAUGGAAAACUUAGCUACGAUGCAAUCCAAGGAAUGAAGUAUUUAGAUAUGGUUAUUUCAGAGGUGCAACGCUUAAUCCCUGUCACACCUUUUGGUGAUCGGAUUUGCAACAAGGAUUUGGAUUUGCCUGAAUAUGGGAUCAACUUUAAGGAAGGAGAUAUUGUUGGAAUCCCAUUCUACGCUUUCUCAAGGGACCCUGAACACUUUCCAGACCCAGAUGAGUUCAAACCAGAGAGGUUCAGUGAAGAGAACAAACACAAAAUUAAGCCAUUUACAUUCAUGCCUUUUGGAUCUGGACCUCGGGGUUGCAUUGGAAAUCGCUUUGCCCUUUUGGAAGUAAAAAUUGCAUUGGCCUACACUUUAGCGUUCUGCGAGAUAGAUCUCAACACGCCUGACCAGUAUCCUAUUCGACUGGACAAAACCAAAAUUGAAAAUUCUCCAAUUGGAGGUUUUAUGCUAAAGAUUAAACCUAGGGAGAAUCCACCAGUAGUCUUGGAAAAAAAUUAAAUAAAUGUGCCGAUUAGAAGCUAGUAAAUAAUUUAUUAGCUGAACAGA